CCCUUCUCUCUCAUUCCACAGCCUGGAGAUUCAAAGCGAGAGGAGUUCCGCAAGUACCUGGAGAAAGCUGGAGUCUUGGAUGCUCUCACAAAGAUACUGGUAGCCCUGUAUGAAGAGCCAGAGAAACCAAAUGAUGCACUAGACUUCCUGAAAGCUCACAUGGGUCAGUCAGGACCAGACACGGCUGAUGUAGAAUCUCUGAGACUACAGGUCAGUGAACUGAUGCAGAAGGUGGAACGGCUGCAGGAUGAGAAUAGGGAACUCAAAGCAAAGGUUCAGAUGGAAAAUCCGGAGGUUGAGCCAAGUGCAGAGAACUGAACUGAUGGUGAACCUAUGGGUUGGGGUGUUGGAGUCUGGGUGUGGCUGGGGGGGGGGGAGGGAAAGGCUGGAUUGGGUGGGUGGGUGUACAUAGGGGAAAGGUGAAGAGUUAUCAUGUUAUGCCUUUUCAGAAGCUCAAUACUGAUGUAUUGUGAGUGUGUGUAUUUUAUCAUAUUAUUGAGCCUUUAUUACUCGGUGAUCCUUGAUCAUUUUACAAGCAAGAUUGAGGCAUCUCUUUCGAUUACUUUCUAAUAAUCACCAGCAAUAUGACUAGAAUGUCCUUUUUAUCAUCCAAAGAUGAUUGCAGAUUUAAUCCAUCACUACUGAUUUCACAUGCUGUCCUGGCAACACUAUAAUUUUAUUAAUAACUAUGUACACUUUCUUUGAUAAUUGAUCCUUUCAACAACGAGAUGAGAAGAUUUCCUUCCGCAAUAUACAUGCUCAGAUAUGCACAGGGAAAUAGUAUUCCCAACUUGUGGCCUCUUUGAAGAGUAUAUAGCAUUUGGGUACCAUUUCAUAAAGCUGUUUCAUGUUAAUAAUUUAAGCACAACUUAACUUCUUACCCUUUCUUGUGUUCAAUCAGAAACUGCCAAUUUUCUUUUUUAGCAUGAGAGUUAUUUUCUAUAACACUAAUUAAAAUGGGAAAAUAAUGGAUUUUCCAUUCAGAUGGAAAUGCACGUUUUUUAUAUACAAGACUGGAUUUCAACUCAGCUGAUGGAAAUCAGAAGGAUUGAGAAUCUGAUUUUACACCAAAGAAAUUGUAGCCAGUUGAGCUUAAAGUUUGGUGUAACUUCACUCAGACAGCCUUGUGAAUCGACACCUCUCAAAGUGAAAAAUAAUUCUUGUUUCGAGCAUUUUCUUCAAUAUUCUGUUUUCCAUCAAUGUGUUUUAUAAUCAGAUUUAUAAGAUUUCUGUCUUCAUGCAUCACAGUCAUGGCAUUGACUGAAACUAUGAAUUAAUAAUAUAUUUAUUUAGAAGACUUUAUUAUUAUUAUCAUUAUUAUUGUUGGUGUUGACAGAAAUGUCUGUUUUGGGAAAUAAAAUAAAUUUUCACCAUCCCAAUUUAUGUAACGAGAUCGUUCAGAGCCAGACAUAGUAUCAGUAAUAGACCACCCAAGAUAUGUACACAGAGACUGAAGUCUUGGUCCCUCUCUGUCGUAUUGGAAAUGGGUAAAGUAUUAAGAAUGAAGGAAUGGUUGAUUUCUUUUUUGCUCUUCCAUUGUUGUAAGCACAUAUUUUUUUGUGGAAAUGUUGGAACUCUAUCGUUAGAGUUGUAAUUUUCAAUUCACAACUUAAGAGAGGGUCCUGCAUUUUAUACAUGUAGAAAUAUACACGAUCAAGACAUGUAGCAAAUGAGGUUCAAAAGGAAGGGUUAUACUUUUUAAUAUUUCUUUUUUUCAUUUUCAUCAAACAUUCCAUGUGCAUUGUAUAAAAAAAGCUCAUUAAAACUGACUUUUAGUUGUUUUCUGUACUUUUCAAAACAGGCGAAACCUAACGCAUGGCGGUGUGUUUUAAUGUUAUGUUCGACUACUGAUGUAUCUUGCGGGUUGAAUAUUUCAUGUAAAUGUGUACUAUUUAUUGUAUCAAGAUAUAGCAAAGUAGAGUUGCUUAAAUGUACAUUUGGACAUAUCAACAAAGAUUUGCACUAUUGAUUUUUGUAAUUGCCCUGUUUUUAGGAAAAUACAAACCUUGUAUUUAAGCGUAAAA